AUGCUCGCAACACAGAGGGCCGCUCUGGUGGAGUUUCUGCGAAGAAAAACGAAACCACCAUUCACAGUAAGCAUUCGAGCGCAGUUAACAGCACUGGUUUGCUUAGUGGCCAUAUUCUCCCUGAUAAUUUUGGCGGUGAUCACCGGGGUCUAUUUCACGUCUACUUAUAAAUCUUUGAGAGCUGAUCGGCUUCAGGUGGCAUCUCAGCUGAAAGCGUCGCAGAUAGACCAGAAUAUCAACUUUCUCUACUACCAAUGCUAUUGGAUGGCGUCUAGGGACAUUUUACAGAACGCCUUAACUGAAUACUUAGCUGGAAAUACCAGCAAAGAAAACUGGUAUGAUGCAGCAACCUCUCUCGACAAGUUUCUGAGCUCGUCGAACCUUUUUAGCGCCGCCAGAGUUUACGAUUCAAGUUUCAAGGACGUCUUAAAUGCUACCAAUAACGGGACAGGGAACCUUAUACCGGAAGAUGUGCUCACAAGACUUUUCCCUCUAUCCACAAAUGAUGCACUGCCGUCGUCUCUUCGGGAAAGUGGUUACCUUAGCGAUCCGGUUCUGAAUGGCACUGACACUUACCUGAUGUCAAUGUCAUUGCCAAUCUUGGCCAAUCCUUCCAUCAUAUUAUCUGACGAUUUGGUAUAUGGCUAUCUGACCGUGGUGAUGUCUGCUGAUAACCUUAAGUCUGUAUACAACAGUACUGCCGCAUUGGACAAUUCCGCCGUGGUAAUCGUGUCUACUGUUUAUGAAAACAGUACUUUGAUGGGAUUUCAUUUGGUGUUUCCCCCCUACAGUUUGGACCCAGACGUUAUCAACUAUUUGUUCGAUUUUGAAUUAGCACCUUUCUUGAAAGAUGCUCUCCUGGAGAACAAAAAUGGUUCCAUCAAAAGUUGUGAGUUCCUUGGCAGCAAAAAUGUUGCCAUUGGGUACUCCUCUUGUAGUUUCGAAAUUGGAUCAUGGGCAGCUCUCAUUGUUCAACCCGAGAGUGUGUUCCUCUCUCCAUCCUUCAAGCUCACCAAGAUCAUCAUUGGUACUGUGAUCGGAAUAGCCGUUGUAAUGUGCCUCAUAACCUUUCCCCUUUCUCAUUGGGCCGUUCAACCUAUUGUGCGCCUACAAAAAGCUACAGAAGUCAUCACUGCAGGUAGAGGCUUGAAGUCGGAUGGCAGCACCUUGUACAGUCAUAAACGUACUAGUACUGCGGAGUCUCUUCACUCUCUCUAUCAAGCUGGCUCAAUACGGCGUUCGGGUUCAUUGACACGCACUAACGGGUCUAGGCACGAUUAUGACGGUGGAAUAAAAGGAGCGCUGUCCGGCGAAGGUCUUCGGGAAGGAAUGGAAAAAAUAUCAGAAGGCCCAAAUGAGCUGCGAAACUUUCGAUCAGCGACAAGUGGAUCUAUUCUCAGUGAUUCAAGAUUCACUGGGACAGAUCACUUUAAUACAUCUCAUCUGGUAGAAGUUCGAGUACCAGUUUACAAACGAUAUUUCACUGAUGAGCUUUCAGAAUUAACCGAGACAUUCAACGCAAUGACCGAUGAACUCGAUCGUCAUUAUGCACUUCUGGAAGAUAGAGUGAGAGCACGUACGAGGCAAUUGGAGGCUGCCAAAAUAGAGGCAGAAAAAGCGAAUGAGGCAAAGACGGUAUUCAUCGCUAACAUUUCUCACGAGUUAAGAACCCCAUUGAACGGUAUUCUAGGUAUGACUGCUAUUGCUAUGGCAGAAGAAGAAAUGUCAAAGGUAAAGAGUAGCUUGAAACUCAUUUUCCGGUCAGGAGAAUUACUGCUCCAUAUCAUGACUGAGCUGUUGACCUUUUCCAAAAAUGUAUUGAAACGAACCAAGCUAGAGGAAAGAGAUUUCACGGUGCACGAUCUUGCCCUGCAGGUCGACUCCAUUUUUGGCAAGUUGGCGAAAGAUCAACAUGUCAGACUGAACAUUUCGAUCGUUCCUAAUGUAUUGAGAACCAUGAUGCUGUGGGGAGAUUCUAACCGUAUCGUACAGAUCAUCAUGAAUUUAGUCUCGAAUGCGCUGAAGUUCACACCUGUCGAUGGCAAGGUUGACGUCAAAAUCAGCUUAGUAGGUGAAUAUGAUGAGGAGAGGAGCAAGCUUGACAACUUCAAAGCGGUUUAUACUUUGCCACAUGAAAGCUCGUCUGUUGUGAAAUCCAAGCAGGAUGGAAUAGACGCUAAAAAAGCCAUGCCCAUGUCUGCGUCCAGCGGUAGCUUGUCCUCGUCACCAUUUGUCCAAGAUAAUCUAAACGAUGAUAGCGAGAAACUAAAGGCCACAGAUCUGCAUGUAAAUGAGAGAUCGAGCAGCUCCCAUGAUGAUAGUUCAUACUCCAAGGAAAUGGAGCCUGCAGAUGCAGAGAAUUUAGACGACGACAUAAAAUCAACUGAAAGUGAAAGCAGCUGCAACUCUUAUGAUGGUACUCGGUUCCAGUCGCAGUUCCUCAAGGACAAUAAUUUGGGCUGUAAUGAUGACUUUAAAAACGUUAGAGAACUGAAAGAACCCAAGAAAUGGAUCAUAUCAAUGGAGGUUAAAGACACUGGCCCAGGAAUUGAGCCAACUUUACAAGAGAGUGUUUUUGAGCCAUUUGUUCAAGGUGACCAGACUCUAUCCAGGCAGUAUGGAGGUACUGGUUUGGGUCUGUCGAUCUGUAGACAGCUGGCGACCAUGAUGCACGGUACCAUGAAGCUCGAAUCAAAAGUGGGGAUUGGAAGUAAAUUUAUCUUCACAGUGCCGUUGAUGCAAACCAAGGAAAUAUCUUUUGAAGGUGUCGAGAAUCCAUUUGAGGACGAAUUUAAUCCUAAGAGUAAGAAAAACCGUAAGGUCAAAUUCAAAGUGAACAAGCCUGGUGAAGAACAUUCGCCUGGAACUUCUUCAUCGACCAACGACAGUUCGUUGAAGGCUUCGAACGUAUCUGAGAGUGAGGUCAGCGUCGGAAGCGUUCGUGUCGAUAGACCCUUUCUUCAAAGUACAGGCACAGCGCUUUCAUCAUCACACGCUGUUCCACUAGCCACCAAGUCCAAUGAAUGCAAGGUUUUGGUUGCAGAGGACAACAACGUCAACCAAGAGGUGAUAAAGCGCAUGUUGAACUUGGAAGGGCUGUAUAAUGUUGAUCUAGCGUGUGAUGGGCAAGAUGCAAUCGAAAAAGUUCGAGCUGAGAAUGAAGCGGGGAAACAUUACGAUUUAAUAUUCAUGGAUGUACAGAUGCCUCGCGUUGACGGCCUCUCGGCAACAAAAAAGAUACGUGGAGACCUGAAUUACAAACACCCUAUAGUGGCAUUAACGGCGUAUGCAGACGAUAAGAACAUCAAGGAAUGCUUGGACGCGGGUAUGAAUGGGUUUUUGUCAAAGCCCAUUAGAAGACCAAAGAUCAAGUCGAUUUUGGAUGAUUACUGCCCGCAACAUCGUCCAGAAAGUGAGGGAGAUUGA